AUGGUUGCUUGUUUAUAUGACUUUCUCCGCCUAUUUAUUUUCGCACGAUCUAGAGCGGGGAGUAGAGCGUGGUUGGUGUUGCACGUCGCUUGCGUGGGAAGAGUUCCCAGUUACCCGUUAGAAUCUUCAGUGAAUGAUGAGGAAAAAACUGGCUGGAUAAAUGCAUCUCGUGGUUGCUUGGUCUUCGCAUGCACCAAAUGGUUGAUGGUCAACUUUCGCGAGAUUAGAUCGCCGUCUGCUGUGAUCGUUCUGAGGGACAUCAGAGGGCUGCGAAAAAAACAUGAUGAGGACUUGAAAACUGUCGACUCGAUCGUCUAAGAACUAAAUGUGUUGUGUUUCCAUUUUAGGUUAAUUCAAAGUCCGGGGACGUCCAUUUCCGACGAGGCAUCAUGUACCUUUGGUUUGUGUGAUAAAUAUGAUCAGUC